GAGAAGUGCCCCAGAGCCUGCUGGGUAGAGGCAGGGACAGACUGACCAGGAUGGACAGGCUCUGGAUGACCGCGGGCCGGGUCUCCCUUCUGGCAGCUCUGGCGCCGCACCUGGUUCAGGCACAAUCCUUGGCCCAGAGGAAGCCGUGGCUGGUGGGGCUGGGGGCCGCACUGGCCGCCCUCUUCCUGCUCUUCGUCCUCACCGUGGUCUACGCCGUCUGGUGCAGCGAGUCCCGCGACAGCAAUAAAGAGGAGGAAGAGGGGAGUGUGAGAAAGGAGGAGAAAGAAGCAGAGGGCCACCAGGGGCUGGAGCUGGAGGAGAGAGAGGGGCCUCCAAACCAUGAAAGAGUGGUGAGCUCCUCCGAAUGAAGGCUUCCCACCUACCUCCUCCAGGCAGGCCUCCAGGGAUGCCCAGUGCCUGCUCUGUACUCAGCAAGCAAAGUCCUGGUCCUGGGGCCAGAAGAUCAUUCCGUACGGGGUUCGGGGUGAAGUGUCCCUGAAUGAGGCCCACCCCAAGUCCCCUUCGGAGGCUCCUUUGCAUUUACCUGGAUGUUUACACGUCCCCUUUCCCAGCGCAACCUGCCCGAGCCCCCUUUUCACUGGCAAGAGGGACGUGGGCAGAGUGCAAUGGGCCCUCCAGUUUUCACAGGGCCCAGGGCCGGUCCAGCCCUCCUGCAUCUUGCUUCCGCUGCUCCUGGGCUUGAACUUUGAGCCGAAGCCGCACAAGGCGGUUUCCUGGGAGACAAGCCCCCCUGUCACCCUGUGCCGAGUUCUGGGUCAGUGUCCGCGAGCAGGGGCUUCCAGCAGGUGCCGAGGCCGGGAGGACGCGCGGCGUCAUCGCCCCGUCUUCCUGCCCCGCACCCCUCCCGGUGGCGGCUCCGUCCUUGCUGUGUGGCCCUAAGCAUGUAACCUAACCUCUCUGUGCCCAAGGGUCCCGUCCUGUGAAAGAGGGAGGAAAAUAACUUGAUCGUUUAUAAAUUGUCAUGAGGAUUCAGUGAAAUGAUGGCCACAAAAAUCCCGAGCACAGAACCCGGAACCCAAAGGUGUCUAAUAAAUGCCGGCUUGCUGUCACGCUG